CUUGACCAUUUCCUUGUGCAAAGUGAGGGGUUGAGUUUAGGAGCUUGAUCCCAUACUCUGCUACAAAUGCCUGCACUUCUUGGGCGACAAGGGCUGAACCUCAAUCAGUUGUGAUUGAUUCUGGGAUCCCAAAUCUAUGAAUAACAUGUUGUUUGAUAAACCGAAUCACAUCUUCUUGGUGCACUGACUUCAUGGGCACCGCUUCGACCCACUUGGUAAAGUAGUCAGUUGCCACAAUGAUAAAAUAAUGUUGUUUAGAAAAAGGUGGAUAAACUUUCCCUAUCAAAUCCAUAGCCCAGCCUCUAAAAGGCCAUGGUUUUAUGAUUGGUUGUAAUUCAAUCGCCGGGGCUCUAUGGAUUGGCCCAUGCCUUUGACACGCUUGACAUCCUUUGGCGUAUGUGAUACAAUCUUUAAGCAUCCCGGGCCAGUAAUAAGCGUACCUUCUAAUCAGCCACUUCAUUUUUAUUCCAGCUUGGUGAGCACCACAUAUCCCUUCAUGGGUCUCUCCCAUUACUUUCAUGGCUUCUUUCUUACUGACACACCUUAAGAGUAGGUCAUCUUUGAUGUUUUUCCUGAAUAGGUCUCCAUCAAUCAUCACAAACUUAAGAGCUUUGAUCUUUAGCUUCUUGUCAGCCUUAGGGUCUGGAUUUUUGAGAAAAUCGAUGAUCGGUGUUCUCCAAUCAUUCUCUUCCAUAUCGUCUUCCACCUCGAUUGCAAAGACCUCUGCCAAUAAUUCUUCCCUCGCCUUAACUGAGGGUAAUGAUCUUCUCUUUAUUCUGAUCAAAUUCUCCAUUAUUCCUUCUAGCACCCUAACGCCAGAUGCUAUUUGAGCCAAAUCAUUGGCCUCUUUAUUAUGCAAUCUAUAAACAUGCUUGACCUUUACCUCUGCAAAUUCUUGUAGUAAUUGCAUGGCUAUAGAAUGGAAUGGUUUGAGGUGCCAACUUUGGCACCUGAAAUUGCUGGACAACUGACCGAUUACCAGACUUAAAUCACCUAUGAUUUCAACGGUCUGUGUCCCCAUCUCUAAGAGUAUUUCAAGACCAAUAAUCAGAGCUUCAUAUUCUGCUUGAUUGUUAGAACAUUUGAAAUCUAGAAAGAAAGAAUAUGUUGUUUUCCUACCAUUUGGUGCAAUUAUUACAACUCCAACUCCCCCGACAUCAUUUGCGCUGGAUCCGUCAAAAAUUAGAAUCCAAGGAGUUAGUUGAAUAGCACACAACUCCAUUGCAUCAUAGACUCCCGGAUCAACAUCCAAGCAUGGAUGGUCAGCUAGGAAAUCAGCAAGUGCUUGGCCCUUCACGGCCCUUUAAGGCACAUAUUGGAAACUGAAUUCCAUAAGGGCCAAAGACCACUUGCCUAUUCGUCCAGAAAUUAUUGGACGAGAAAGCAUAUACUUAAUUAAGUCAGUGGCACAAAUCACAUAAACUAAAAUAGGUAGCAUAUAUAUUCUCAAUUUGUGAGCAGCAAAAUACAAAGCAAGACACAUUUUUUCGAUUGGCGUAUAUCGACGCUCAACCGGUGUCAAAAUACGACUAAGGUAAUACACCGCCUGUUUUUUCCCUACUUCAUUAUCCUGGGCUAACAAACUUCCGAUUGACUCAUCCGCGGCUGAAAUAUAUAACUUCAGUGGCUGUUUCUUCCUAGGUGGCAUAAGGACAGGAGGGUUAGCAAGAUAUUCCUUGAUUGAUUCAAACACAUGUUGGUGAUGCUUUUCCCAUCGAAAGUCUUCCUCUGAUUUGAGCUUUAAGAGCAGAGAAAAGGUAUGGAUCUUUCCAGCACGGUUUGAAAUAAACCUUCCCAAGUAUGUGAUUUGACCAAUCAGUCUUUGCAACUCCUUCUUGUUGCGAGGUGGUUGAGCGUCGAUGAUCACCCUAGCUUUAUUCUUGUCGAUCUCGAUACCCCUCCGAUGCACCAAGAACCCUAGAAAGUUCCCUGCUGUCACUCCAAAGGCGCAUUUAAGUGGGUUCAUCUUCAAACCAUGGGUUCUCAUUCUCUCAAAUGAUCUCCUCAAGUCGGCCAGAUGUUUCGCCUUUGUCGCUGAUUUCACCACGACGUCGUCAAUGUAUACUUCCAUAAAUUUCCCAAUCAUGUCAUGGAAGAUUGCAUUCAUUGCUUGUUGAUAAGUGGCACCGGCAUUCUUCAAACCAAAGGGCAUCACCACCCAUUCGAAAGUGCCUAUGGCUCCCGGACAUCUAAAUGCCGUUUUGUUAACAUCAUCCUCUGCUAUGAAUAUCUGGUUGUAUCCUGAGUGACCGUCCAUGAAUGACAGAAUCUCAUUCUUGGCGGCCGCAUCAAUCAAUUGAUCGGCCAUGGGCAUAGGAUACUCAUCUUUUGGAGUAGCUAAAUUUAAAUUCCUGAAAUCUACGCACACCCUAAUCUUUCCAUUCUUCUUAACCACGGGAACGAUAUUGGAUAGCCAGUCACAAUACCUUGUGGUCCGGAUGAAUCCUGCUUUGAGCAACCUCUCAAUUUCCUCCUUCACUUUCAUAGUCACUUCUGUUGACAUACGUCUAGGCGCUUGCUUGAACGGUCUAAAACCUUCUUUUAUAGGUAGUCGAUGCUCGACUAACUGCCUUGGUAAUCCCGGCAUCUCAGUGUAAUUCCAAGCAAAACAAUCCUUAUAUUCUCUAAGCAACAAGAUCAGUUCAGCUUUAAAGUCAGGUUCUAGAAGAUCACUUAUGUAGGUUGGCCGAGGCUCUUCUUCUGCUCCCAAAUUGAUCUCCAACAAGGGAUCCUGAACAUCGGCUUUCAAAUCCUCUAGCUUAGCUGGAGCUGCAUCUAGCUCUUCUAGCUGAAUAACAUCUCGACAAUCCCCUGACUCACCUUCUUCUAUGAUUUCGGCCAUAUUGGUCGACAUAUCACUCCACAACAUUGCCCGUCUUUCGGCGAGAUAUGCUCUCAGCCGUGUCAUGCUAACUUUAAAUGCUAGCAUUUUCUCCUUCUCCUUUUGGGCUUGGUCCAUUAACAACCUGUUGUUCAUCAACUUCAACUAUCGGCCUUGGAUCGCAGACAACACUUGGCCUCGAUAGUUCCUUGAAUAAAUCGGAUGAGUCCCCGUCUGUCAGAUUUUUCCUCAUCGUCACCUUCUCAGGCUUGUCAUACUUAUCACAACCAAUAAGCCUCACAGGACCCAUUUCUUCCUCAUAUAAAACUGCAUCGGCCACAUGGACCCAAGCUUCGAAAGGCUUAUUGUCUCCCCAUAUGACUUGGAUUUCAUCCCCAUCCCAGAAAAUCAUAAACUGGUGGAGGGUAGAAGGGAUGCAGAAAUGUGGGUGUAACCAAUCACGCCCAAUCAAAGCGUUGUAAGCCGCCCCUGCGUCGACCACGAAGAAUGCAGUUAUGGUCUUACAUUUUCCAACUGUCAUUUCCAAGGUGACUACCCCUCUGGUCCUGGCUCUGCCCCCCGUGAAAUUACUGACUGUCAAGUCAGUGGGAAUCAAGUCAUCUUCCGUUUUUUGUAGCAACCUCAUGGUGUUCAUCGGAAGGAUAUUAACCGCAGAUCCAUUAUCUAUCAGUGCCUGAGACACUGGCAUCCCUUCCAGGAUUACUCUGAUAUAGAGUGGUUUCAAGUGUUGAGACAUUGCCGCAGAAGGCUUCUCAAAAAUCACCCUAGCCGCCUGAUCUCUCCCAAUAGUCACUGACUCAUCAUCUCGUAGUUUAGCUCUUAUCACAGCGACUUUCUGUUUCUUAUCUUCAGAGAUCAACUCAGAUGGGUUCUCAAUAAUCUCCGGAACUUCCUGACCUUCGUCAUCGAUCACCUCGACGUCUCCUUCCAUAGCAGAGGGUUGAUCAGGUUUAGCCUCAAAAAUAUGAGGCAAGGUAAGAACCAUAUUGCAAUUAACAAUUCCUUCAAAUGAACCAAAUUUGAUACCCUUUGAACCAUCAUCCUAGUCAUCCAGGUCGAGUUCGUCAUCACCAAAUCCUGCUUCAUCUUCAGCUUCUUUCAUGGAGGAAGACGCACAUUUCUCUUCAGUGCAUCCAUUUCCGUCUGCACUAUCUUCCUUGGAUUUUCCUUUCGGAUCACUUUUUGAAUCUUGCUUGAUAGGUUCUCUCCUAAGCAAAGUCACCUUCCCUGGCUGUGAAGCUGAAUAUUUUUCUUCUAUUCUCUUUAACUCAGUUUUCAUCCGUUGCCACCGUCUUACUUGAGUGCGAGUCAUGAAUGCUGGCGGGAUAUCCCUGACCCUAGAGAACUUUGGAUGACUCACCCUUAACCAUCGACCGUCGUCAGUGACUGGUGGCUUGACCAUCCUUUGCCUAUGGUUUGGGUGGUUAACUGAUGUCUCAGCCUGGCGAGCCACAUUUGAGUUAUGCUCCCUCGGCUUCCAGACAGCAUGAGUAAGAUUCCUUGACCGACUGUUGGAGUUCACUUCUCGCCUUCGCUUGUGAUGCUCAUUGGUAUUAGACCUUCUAUCAGGCCAUGUUAAUCGACUUGUCAUAGGCACCCUAGACGAGGGUGACCUAGGUCUGUUUUCAUGACGUGAACUUCCAGGACGUCCUCGAGUGUUGCUAUGGAACCUCUCUCGGUCCCUUCCAGUGUCUGUCUUGCAUUUAGGGCAUAAUCCUUGCUUGAUCAGCGCCAGUUGAGCCUCCCGCAACUCCUUUUCUAAGUUAUCCUUAGACCUUGGAGUCUCCUUAACCAUUGGUUUCUUUCCUUCAGCCUUGCUUUCUCUGUUAGCUGAAGUAUCCUCAAAAUCAAUUCUUCUCCGUGGCCUGCUGGCCAUUGAGAUUUCGACCAUGUUAUUGCUGACCAAGGUUGGGAAUGGAUCACUGUCAACGCUCAUCACCUCUUUUUUCUUCUCUGGGAACUUCCAUGCCCCCUUCUCGAUCUGUGCCUGAAUCACAUUACGAAAAACAACACAAUUAUUAGUUGCGUGAUUCCAGGAGUUAUGAUAUUUGCAACAUUCUCGACCCUUGAUUUCAUCAGCUGAAGGUAUUUUAUGUACCCCAGUGACUUUGAUAAUUUUAUCAGACAACAGGUGGUCAAAGAUUUGCUCUGCUUUACUUAUAUCGAAAACAUAUUGUUUGCCAGCCUCAAAGAUAUUCCUUUUGGCUGAAGAUGAUGAGGGUUGAACACCGCUAACAGUCUCUAAGGGCUUAGCUAAAGCUUUACAUACAUAUGGUUUUUUUGAAAUAAUUUCAACAGCAUCGACCUCUAGGUCAUCAUAUACUGUAUCAACCAUGUGUAUUUCAUAAUUAGGGUCCUUAUAAUAGGUCCCACGAGAGGAGUUUUUCCUCUCGUUUUCCUCUCGUAAGAUUUUUUCAUACUUGGUAACCCUAUCGGCUAAUUGGAACAAAUCUCCAAAAUGAGUACCCUCGAACUUCUUUCGUAAUUCAAAGUCUAAACCGCUAAGGGCCAAGUUGACAAACUCUUCUUCAGGCAAAGUAAGUUGGCACCUAUUUCGUGCUUUCUUAAACCUAGCCAAAAAUGCCUCAACAUCCUCAUUUGGUAACUGAUGGAUCCUAGAUAGGUCAGACAUAGAGACUUCUGGUUCUGUCCUAUAGAACUGAUCAUGGAACACAUCUUGCAUCUAUUGCCAAGUGUGGAUGGAAUUUUGUGGCAAGUUUAGAUACCACUUGAAGGCAGUCUCAGUGAGAGUGUUAGAGAAUAACUUCAUUUUAUACCAAUCAUUGUUGCUAAGCGGCCCACAUUUUAAUGUGAAACGUCCAAUAUGCUCAAGAGUCGAUUGGUUGCCUUCUCCUGAGAAGGUUGCAAAGUUUGGCACCCAAAAAUUUUGGGGAAGAUCCAUCCGAUCUAUCCAGUCAGGAAAUGGGUGCCUAAAAGUAGGUCGAGUAGCCCUUUUUAAAGCUGGUCCAUACUGUUCUUGUAUAACCUCAGCCAAUUGCUCCCUAGUCAUAACCAUAGGUGGGACUUGGUUCUGAAAAGGGACAUUGGGCCAAGGGUUAUGUCCCUCUUGCCCCCCUGGGUUCGCAGCCUGAGGUGGCAAGACUUGAGGUUGGAAAUGAAGAGGUCGACCAUUAGGUUGGUCAUGAUUCCUCCAUCUUGGUUGUUGGUGACCAUUCACUCCUGGCUCUACUUGAUGGACUUGUGGUGGAAUUAGAGCUACUGGUCGAGGACCAUUAACCAUGGGAGGUGGUUGGGCACCUCUUUCUGGUUGACCAACUUGCUGAGGAGGAAACUGGUCCACUGGUCUAUCAUUUUGGUUUUCCAACCUAGGCGUCUGAACAAUGACCUGCCUAUCAAUAUGAGUCACUAAGGCAUUAAUCACUUCAUUCAGCUGUUGGAGCUGAGUAUUAGUCAUAUGGGAUGAAGCCACCAGUGGCUCCAUAUUCUUGUUGAUUUCCCAAGCGACUUGGCGUUGGGAAGCCUCCACUCGACUUUCAAAUCGUGUCACCAUAUUGCUGACACUUUCGGCCGCCAUUUGGUGGCUGGCCUGAUGUCCCUCCUCAUGCUCAGACCCGGAGUCUUGCAUUAUGGGAGCAGGCUGAUUUUCUUCCUGAUCUUCCCUUUGAGGGUUAGCUUGUCCAGCUGAAGUUUGAGUCUGUGACCUAGUCUCGACGACCAUUCACGAAUAGAACACUGGUCCCACCGGGCGUGCCAAAGUUGUUUGGCUCACAAAGUGGUCUGAGGUCGCUAGCCAAUGAACGGCUGACCUCAAACGCGGGCGUGCCAGAGUCCUGAUGGACUCGAAUAUUUCUUGCCAAACUAUUCCUAUCGGGUCGGGUCACCGACCUAAGGUGAUUCAGGCGAAAGUUAGAGAGUAGGAAUGACCCUCUCCUUAAGGUUGCUAUUGCCUUUAAGAAAGGACUUUAAACAGUCAAGAUAAACAUGAAUUAGAAGCAACUUAAAUGGACAAUAAAUAUACCUGAAUCUGCAAACCUUUCUUCAUUGAACUUGACUGAUUACAAUGAUGAAUGAAUUACAAACUCUUGAUUGAGAUGGAAACUAAAGCAUUAAAUGCUGGAAGAUGAACUAAGUACUAAACUGAUAAUGUUAAGCUAAACUUGCUGAAAUAAAAGCUAAGUGCUAAACUGAGCUUGAUGAAAUAAAAGCUAAGUGCUAAAUGAUAGGAAAGCUAAAGGUUGAACUUUAGAAAUGGUCUUGGACCUUUACCUUGUGAUGCUUGAGUGGGUAUUUAUAGAGGCUUCCACCUGGUGUUGUCCCUUUCAACCGUUUCUCUAGAAAUUGAUUGGUUGUAAGCUGAAAGUGACUUUUCCUAACCACCAGUUGGAAAGGUUGACUAAUUUGCACAUCCCUCUAUAGGCAGAUACAAGUAUGUCUGACAUAGUAUUUUUAACUAAAUGGUGCCUAUUCUUUCAUGCUUGAUGAUUUUGGUCUUCAAGCCAUUUUCAGCUCUCUGCACCUAUCAUGUCUGGCUUGAUUUGUACAUUAGCCUGGAGUCAUCUGAUUACUGACAAUCCUGACUUUCCUCAUCAGAUGUUGGUGAGAACCUUCCAUCUGUGGUUCUGAACUUCUGACAUUGUCAAGUUGUCCUUUUCUAUUUCAAGCUUUCCUUAAACUUCUAGACCUGACUUGUUGGGUUCUUGAAACAUUGGGAUUCACAAUCGGUCUUUAUUUGAAUUACCCCAAAGAUUCCUCAAGUGAUUAUGACCCGAGACCCCUGAUCAUGACCAUAUUUGGUCAUAAGUCUUGAUCAUGGCCAUAGUGACUAGAAAUCUUGGUUAAGAUUCAUAAUCAUGACCAUUAUGACUGAGGGUCUCCUGACCAUGACCGUUGUGAUUGAGAAAGUUGUGACUGAGAGUAUUUUGGCCUAAAACUUAUGAUCAUGACCAUUGAGACUUGGAGUCAUCACCAUAGUGAUCGAGAAGGGUUUUGGCCUAAAACUCAUGAUCAUGACCAUAGUGACUGAGAAGGUUUUGGCCUAAGACUGAUCGUGACCAUUGAGACUGGGAGUCAUAACCAUAGUGACCGAGAAGAUUUUGGCCUAAAACUUACGACCAUGAGACUGAGACUCUCAUGACCAAGAUGACUGAGAAGGUUUUGGCCUAAGACUCAUGAUCAUGACCAUUGAGACUGGGAGUCAUAGCCAUAGUGACUGAGAAGAUUUUGGCCUAAAACUUACGACCAUGAGACUGAGACUCUCAUAACCAAGAUGACUGAGAAGGUUUUGGCCUAAGAAUCAUGAUCAUGACCAUUGAGACUGGGAGUCAUAGCCAUAGUGACUGAGAAGAUUUUGGCCUAAAACUUACGACCAUGAGACUGAGACUCUCAUGACCAAGAUGACUGAGAAGGUUUUGGCCUAAGACUCAUGAUCAUGACCAUUGAGACUGGGAGUCAUAACCAUAGUGACUGAGACUCUCAAUCAUGGCCGGCUAUGAGCUCAAAACCUCAUAUCAGUCUUAAUGGCCUAAAAAUUCCACUCUUCUUCAUUCUCAGCCUUAAAUCGGAUCGCCAUGAUUAGAAAUUAAUCUUUCGCCCUGAUGACCAUGGGUCGACCCAAAGUUCAGACUUCAUGAUUUCUGACCACGUGGCAUGAUUGCUUCGAAUUAUAUUUUAGGUGUUAACAGGAAGAUGAAUGUCAUGUGAUGGAGAUUGAAAGGCCAAAUAAUAAACCAAACAAGAGUGUUCAUCACGUCACAUCCGUUUAUGACUCUAAAACAUUAGAAAAUGUUGAAUCGUUGAGAACAUUAUUUGUGAAAGCAUUUUCUCGUGACUUUAUGAAAUUUAGUACCUUACGAGUUCUAGAUGCAAGUGACGCAUCUAUAGUUGAGCUUCCAUCUUCAAUUGGCAAUUUAAUUCAUUUAAGGUACUUGAAUCUCUCUGAGAAUUAUGAGUUGGCGACACUUCCCAAGUCAUUAUGCAACCUAUUAAAUUUGCAGACCUUAGACCUUAAUGAUUGUUGGAGACUUCGGAGCUUACCCAACCACAUGAGACGCAUGAUCAAUCUCCGACAUCUAUUUAUGGAAGGCUGUGAUGAUCUAACAGAAAUGGCUCCAGAGAUCGGGCAGUUAACCAACCUCAAGUCAUUAAGUGUUUUCAUUGUGGAUGGGAGGAGAGGUAAUCAAUUGGGUGGGCUGCAAGGGUUAAACCUGGGAGGAAAAUUAUAUAUUAAGCAUCUGGAGAGGGUGGAGAAUUGGGAGGAAGCAAGAGAAGCAGCAAACUUAGCCCAGAAGAAAAACCUAUACAGCUUGGGUUUGGGUUGGGGAAGGGAAUCAGAGUCGUCAUUACCAGAAAAUGCUGAACGGGUACUAGAUACUCUUAAACCUCACCCAAAUCUUAAAGAGUUGAUCAUACAAGAUUAUCCAGGUACCUCUUUCCCACGCUGGAUGAGUGAUCUAGAACUGCUUCAAAAUUUAGUUAGAGUUUCACUUAAUGGUUGCAAAAAUUGUCAGAGUGUUCCACCAUAUAGUCGAUUGCAUUGGUUGAAACAUCUUGAGAUUUCUGGCAUGCCAUGUUUGGAAAGGUUGUCCAGAGAGGAAGAAAAAGAUGUAUUCCCUUGUCUUUCCCGAUUGAUUAUUGGUGAUUGCCCUAAGUUGACAUUAAUGUCAUGCCUUCCGUCACUCAAAGAUUUACAAGUAAAUGGAUGCAGUGAUGUCUUAUUGAGUUCGAUCUCAAACCUCAGUGCUCUUAAGUCACUAAAGAUCUGGCGUUGUGAUGAGAUUGAGUCAUUACCAGAACAAGGAUUACAAGGCCUCAACUCUCUCCGUUCUUUAGAGGUUUUUGACUGUAGAAAGUUGAAGUCCUUGUCUAAGGGACUGCAACACCUCAAAGCCCUUGACAGUUUGAGUCUUUUUGGAAGCCACGAGCUCGUUUCUCUGCCGGAGGGUAUUAAACACCUCCAUUCCCUUAGAUAUCUAAGAAUUUUAGGUAAUCGCAAGUUGGUGGUUUUGCCGGAGGCCUUAUAGCAUGUCCCUGCACUGCAAGCUCUAUCGAUCGACUAUUGUGGAGAGCUAACAUCGUUGCCUGACUGGUUGGGAAAUCUUGCAUCUCUUCGAUGGUUGUCAAUUGGGAAUUGCCCUCAGGUUGAGUCACUUCCAGACAGCAUUCAAAGCCUAACCAAUCUCACAACUUUGUCAAUUAAAUAUUGUGGUGAACAACUCAAAAGGAGAUGUGAGAAGGGAAGCGGGGAGGAUUGGUAUAAGAUACAACACAUACCAGAUGUUCGUAUAAAUGAUGUUCGUAUAAAUGAUGUUCGUAUAAAUGUGUGAGAGAUGGCACAUUAUAAACUGUUGCGGUGGGCCUGUGGCUACUUCAUGUUACAAAAGGAACUUAGCAGCAAGAUGAACGGGACGGUCCUCCUUCAUUGUGCAUUUUUGAUGAGAUUAGCACAGAGGUAAUCCAAUAAGUGUCAACUGAUUCAAGAAGGCCAGGGAUUCAGCACUUUGAAAUGAGAUGAACAAAUAGGUGACCAGGAUACUUGAAGAGUACUUUAUGACACCUAGAAAAGAUAUUGUGGUUGCAAUUUGAAGUGUUUGGCUUGGGAUUUCAAGUGUUCUCAAUUUAUCUGAUGCUGUUAUUUGAUUAGACAAGAUGAAGCAAAUUCUUUGCUUGAGAUAGAAUUAUUCUUUCUUAUGUAAAAUUAUCCAAAAAAUAUCACAAUUUAGUCAAGAGAAUGUGUCUACACCUGCAUUGUGUAUUGUUCGAUAA